AUGUUCUUAAGAAUUUUUAUUAUAUUCUUCUUUUUUCAUAAAAUCUUAUCAAAUGAUUUACAUAUUAAUACAACAUCAGGUGUAUUUGAAGGUAAAGAAGUAAUUAUUGAAUAUGUUCCAGUACGACAAUUUUUUGGUAUUCCAUAUGGUGAAAAACCUGUUCGUUUUGAAAUGUCAAUAUUACGAAAAUAUAAUUCAACAACUAUUAUUCGUGCUACUGAACGAGCACCGGGUUGUCUUCAAGCAUCUGGUGGACUUUCAUAUGGUCCAUUUGAAUUAUCAGAUAUGUAUGAAGAAGAUUGUUUAACAUUAAAUAUGUUUAUUCCUAAAACAAAAUCUUUAUCAUCAAAAGCAAUUAUGGUUUUUUGUCAUGGUGGUUCAAAUCAAGUUGGUUCAGCUUCAUUAUUCGAUGGAAGUGCUAUUGCUGCUCUAGGCAAUGUUAUUGUUAUAACAAUAAAUUAUCGUUUAAAUAUAUUAGGAUUUCUAACACCAGGUCCUGAUAUGAUGUCUGGUAAUUAUGGUUUACAAGAUCAAAUUUUAGCAUUAAAAUGGGUAUCAAUUAAUGCAAAAAAUUUUAAUGGUGAUCCAAAACGUAUUACUUAUAUUGGACAUUCAGCCGGUGCAGCUAAUGCUGUAUUACUUGCAAUGUCAAAACGAUCUGAUAGUUUAAUAGCUCGAGUUAUAGCACAAAGUGGUUGUCCAUUGAAUCAAUGGGCAAUUGAUAAAUACCCAUCAAUUCGUUUUCGUAAUGUAAUGGAACGUCAUGGUAUGAAAGC